AUGACCUUGUUUGAGGAGGAUGUCGAAGAUGAGGACAAGGAUAAGUGGAUUGUGUGGUUUGAUGGUGUGUCUAAUACACUAGGCCAUGGGAUAAGGGCAAUAUUGGUUUCCCCGAAUAAACAAUAUAUACCUUUCACGGCUAGUUUGUGCUUCAACUACACAAACAACAUAUCGGAGUACGAGGCAUGUGCCCUUGGGAUCCGAGCAACGAUCGACUUUAGGGUCAAGUUACUCAAGGUAUACGGGGACUCGGCAUUGGUGAUUCAUCAGUUGAAAGGUGAAUGGGAGACCAAGGACCACAAAUUGGUGUCUUACCAGGCUUACAUCAGGAAAUUGAUGGAACUAUUUGAUGACAUAUCAUUUCAUCACAUUCCUAGAGAGGAAAAUCAAAUGGUCGACGCCCUUGCCACUCUAGCGUCUAUGUUCAAAGUGAGCUUGCAUGGAGAUUUGCCAUACAUUGAAUUCGGAUGUCGUAGUGAGCCUACGCAUUUCUGUUUGAUAGAAGAAGAGGAGGAUGGUAAGCCUUGGUACUUCGAUAUCAAAUGUUACAUUGAAGACAAGGAAUACCCACCUAAGGCCUCUGACAAUGAGAAGAGGACAUUAUGA